AACAACGUGCACCCAUGUGUUCAGAACAGCUACAUACAUCAGAUUAACAAACAGCCGUCAUGACGUCAUUGGCUCACCAGCUGAAGAGGCUCGCGCUGCCUCAGAGCGACCCCAACCUGCUGACUCGCAGAGAGGUCGCCUCGCUGCUCUUUGACCCCAAAGAUGCUGCGUCCAUGGACAAAAGCACCUUCUACGCCCUCGGCUGCACGGGGCUGGAGGAGCUGCUGGGAAUCGAACCAGCCUUUCUGGAGUUUCAGGACACCCUGUUCAGCCCGGCGUCGCUGACCCUGGAGCGCAGCGUCCAGUCCAAAGAGGUCAACGAGAAGCUGGACGCUGGAAUCUCGCUCUUCCUCACCCGCCUCUCCCCGUACUUCCUCCUCAAACCGGCUCACAAGUGCAUCGAGUGGCUGGUUCACCGUUUCCACAUCCAGCUGUAUAACGUGGACAGUCUGCUGGCCUGCGUGUUGCCGUAUCACGACACCAACGUGUUCGUCAGAGUCCUGCAGCUCCUCAAGAUCAAAGACGCCACAAACCGCUGGAGCUGGCUGCACUGCCUGCAGAAACCAGGCGUGCCGCUGUCCAGAGGAGCUCUGAUCACUCACUGCUACUCAGACCUGAGCUUCAUGGACUUCAUCUGCACCAUGGUCACCAAGGCCAUCCAGGCGUAUUCGGGCCGCUCAGGAAGUUGCUCCCAGCUCAGAGUGAUCUUCUCGUUCUACGCCUCCACCAUCGUCCCCGCUCUGGACGCUGUGGACAAAGUGUCCGACACCAUCAUCUCCAAGCUGCUGCCUUACGUUCAGAAGGGUCUGAAGUCGUCUCUGAGCGACUACAAAGCGGCGACCUACAUGAUCGUGUGUCAGCUGGCCGUGAAGGUGGUCAUGGAGGCGAGUCUGGUCGACACACUCGCCGUGCACGUCAGCAGGUCUCUGCUCAAAGAGCCCGUACUCGCUCCAGAGGGGAUUGGCUGCCUUGUCGUGCUGCUGCAGAACCAGAAGGAGGGCGCCGCCGGGCCCAGAGCGUUCAGCCGGCUCAGCUCCAUGCCCGCGCUCGUCUCCACGCUCCAGGUCAUGGCGGCGACUCAUGACGUCACUCCUCUGCUGCGCUACCUGCUGCCUCACCUGGUCCAAGCGGUGUUCACCUGCAGCGCAGGUGAGACGGAGACGGACGAGCUCGCCGUGUUGGAGGCGCUCCUGCAGGCCGUCCCUCUGACCAAAGGCCUGGACCAAACUGUGGCUCGGUUACUAAUGGACGAGUACCUGAGUCAGACUGAACUCUCGUCUGAAAACCUGUCGACCCUCGACAAGCGUCUGCUUCCUCUGGUCCGACUGUUCGAGUCCAGGUACUGUGGAGCGAUGGACGGCGUCCUCUCUGGUUAUGUGACCGACGUCAGCAGCAGCGAGCAGAAACGUCUCUUCCAUCAGUUCCUCUCUUUGUCCAUGAGCAGCGGAAAAUACCAGAUUAUGGGCGACUCUGACACGUCGCUGCUUCUCAGUCUGAAACACCCGCAGCCUUCAGUCAGAGUCUCAGCUGUGGAACACCUGAUGAGCAUCCUCACAUCCGGACAGCAGCAGAGUUUGGACGAAACAUUCCUGAAGGACGCCGUCAUGGACCGCCUGCAGGACGACGUGCCGCAGGUCGUCACCGCCACUCUCAAAGUCCUGGAGAUGUUGUUCGAUGUGGUGGACCCUGAAGGCAUCGUGUCGUGUUUACUGUCACUGCUGCAAAGAGUGGAUGUGUCGGAUGCUGAGCGCUGGCUGCCCGUGCUGACAGAGGCGGUGCAUUUAAUGUCCGACCCCCGGCUGGGAAAGGGGGACUCUGAGUUGGUGCAGAGGGCGGGCUGGAGGCUGCUGCCCUUCCUGGUCAUCACCUCCUCUCAGCACCACCUGUCCACCUGCAUCGCCCGAUCCUCCAUCAUCAGCCAACACCCGCUCACACAGAACUGGGCUGCAGAGCUGGGCGAGGUGAUGACGAGGAGCUCUGAUCCAGAAUUUGUAGGUUUAGUGAAUCAACGCCUUGUCUCCACGAUGACAAAGAAUCUCUCAGACAUGGAGCAGUUCAGCAAGCGCGACGCCCUGGAGAAGCUGGCUCUGUCGGUGGAGCAGCAGCGGGGCCCCGGGCUCAGGGCGAGGACCUCCUUCCUGGUUCUCACCCAGACUCUGCUGCUCGGCCUCGGGGAGCUGAGCGGGACGCAGCACCUGCUCACCGCUCAGAGGGUCUACACGCUGCUGGAGCCCCGCCUGCUGGACGCCAUCAGAGACACAGCAGCUGCAGCAAAGGAGUCGACUGAUCGUCCCGUCAGCCCGCCCUCCUCCUUCUCUGAAGCCCUGAGUGUUUACCUGAGCAGGUGUGAGCGUCAGUCAUGUGAUCAGCUCCACACAGAGUUCAGCUUCGUGCUGAUGUCACUGCUCGGAUCCUUCAUCUCCUCGCUCAGGUGUCACGACGCCUCCUUCACAAGUGAGGUGUGGUGGAACCCGGAGAAAAUGGACACAAACGCGUGCUGUUACCUGGGGUUAAUCUGCCGCCUGUACAGCGUCAUCAUCAGCGGCGCCGGGGAGGGGCCAACUGCCGGGAGCUUCAGAGACAUGAUGCGACUGUUCGUACAGGUUCACCUGCAGGAGCCGAAGAUGCUCUUCAGGUUCCUGUGCGUGCUGUGGGGAUACAGUGGUAACCAUGGAGACCAGCUGGAUGUGAAGGUGGGCGCCGUGCUGCAGACUCAGGCUCUCUACAUGGGCGGCGCUCUGCUGAGCGUCCAACCAGCCGCCACGCUGGAGGAGCUGACGGCCGCCGACUCACCAGUCGUCCCCUCCCUCCUCUGCUGUCUCUCCUCUCCGGUUCGGGAGGUCAGGAGGGCGGCCCUCGGCGCUCUGCAGAGCGUAUCAGCAUCCAGCUCUUCUCCCUUCCAGCCAAUCACAGAGAAGCUCCUGAAGACGUCGGAGGAAAUCAUCGCAGACCCCUCAUACCUGAGCCAGGCUCUGGGCACGCUCCAUGACGACUCUCAGUCCGUUAAAAAGAGCUCCGAGCAGAAGAAGCUGGAGGCGUCGCUGCAGCUGAUCCUGCAGAGCGUUCAGACUCCGAGCUGCCCGUCGUACAGCGCCGCCGCCUUGCUGCAGGCGCUCAGCCACGUCAACGGACAGGCCGUCCUCGCCUCCCUCCUCCCCGUCCUGGACCGUCUCCUGGAGCAGCACGAUAUGGACGCCCCCUCCCCGCUGCGUGCCGAGUCCCAGCUGAUGCAGCUCGUUCUGGGGAAGUUUAACGAGGCGUCGGCGCCCCUGCUGGCUCAGGACCAGAACUGUCUGGAUCUGUUCAUCCGGGCUCUGAGGACGUCGACACAGCAGCACAGAGACAUCCCGAGCUGCCAAAUCAUCUCUCUGGAACAGGUCACCAAGCCGUUCUUCUCGGCGCUCGGAGACGAGGCGGUGCAGCAGAAGAUUCUGUCGGUGAUGUUCGACCUGCUGGUGGAGAGCAGGAGCCCCCUGGUGGCCAACACCGUCAGCAGCGUCUUUAAAGGGAUCACGGUGGACGCUCUGCUGGUCGCCAACGAGCUCGCUCCUCCUGAAAAGCCGAAAGUCAGCGUGACGGUGCAGCAGACCCGCAGGAGCCGCAUGAGUCAGAGGAAACCGGAUGCAGGCGACGCGGUCGGCCCAGAGGGGGGCGCUGUGUCCUGGCAGAGAGUGACUCUGAUCCUGGAGCUGCUGCAGCACAAGAAGAAGCUGAAGAGAGCUCAGACACUGGUGCCUGUCCUGUUCACACUGCUCGCCAGGAGCCUGGAGUCGAGUCCAGCUGAUCACAGUAACAUCGAGUAUACCAAACAGCUGCUGCUCAGCUGCCUGCUCAACGUCUGCCAGAAGCUGUCUCCUGCAGGGGGCGCUGUGGGGUCAGACGUUCUGGACGAGGAGAAGUUCAGCGUGGAGCUCGUGGUUCAGUGCAUCAGAGCGUCCGACAUGCCGCAGACGCAUCACCACGCCCUGCUGCUGCUGGGCACCGCCGCCGCCAUCUUCCCCGAGAAAGUCCUUCACAACAUCAUGCCGAUCUUCACCUUCAUGGGAGCGAACAUCCUGCGUCUGGACGACACGUACAGCUUCAGAGUCAUCGAUAAGACGGUCCAGAUGGUGAUCCCCGCUCUCAUCCAGGCCCACCAGCUCUCUGACGGCAGCUCCUCCUCUCACGUGGUCUCCGUGGUGACGAGGAUCAUGCACGUCUUUGCCGACGCUCUUCCUCACGUGCCGGAUCACCGUCGAGUCCCGAUCCUCAGUCAACUCCUGACCACGCUCGGCCCCGCCCACUUCCUGUGGAUCCUGAUGCUCCUCCUCUUCAAGCUGCACGCCACGCAAACGUCCGGCGACACCAGCGAGAAGGAUGCAGCGCUGGAGAGAGACAUAGAUUUCUGGAUCUCUCUGUGCUGUCAGUUCGAGGUGUCCGAUCAGCUAACCUCCCUCGUCAGCAUCCUGAACUUCCUGCUGCAGCUUCCUGACGACAAAGAUGACGCGCCGGUGAAACGCCCCGUCGUCCGGCGAGGAGCGAAGAAGAAGGAGGGCGAGGAGGAGGAGAAGGUGGAGGAGCUGAUCUUCAGCGUGGAGGCUCACAGCAGCAAAGAGCUGCGACACUUCAAGUUCCUCUGCGUCUCCUUCAUGGCUCAGCUGCUCGGCUCCAACAGCUUCAUCGCCAAGGUCGCAGACGGAGGUGAUGCUGUGGACGAGUCUCUUCAGCAGCUGCAGCAGAGGCUGCUGGAGGAGAUCCUGCGGUACAUCCACAGCGUCGCUCGCUGCGUGGAGGAGAACGCCGACAAACCCACCGCCAAGUUCUGGAGAGUUCUGCUGAACAAAAGCUACGACGUCCUCGAUAAGGUGAACUCCUUGUUGCCCACGGAUACCUUCAUCACGGUGAUGAGGGGGCUGAUGGGUAACCAGCUGGCGUCAGUGAGGAGGAAGGCGAUGGAGCUGCUGAACAACAAACUGCAGCACAGACACACCUGGGAGGAGCAACAGGUCACUGCUCUCUUACAGCUGACGGGCGACCUGCUGAGCAUUGUGGGUAAAAGCCCCAGUCAGCAGGUGGACGAGGAGGCGGAGCACGCCAUCAACAGGCAGACGGCGCUCUACAGCCUCAAGCUGCUCUGUCGCAGUUUUGGCUCCAACCACCAGGAGGCGUUCGUCCCCGUGCUGCUGCAAGCGGUGGAGGUCGUCACGGCGCCCGAGGAGGAGAAGAACGUGACGGGCAGCGCUCUGCUGUGCAUCGCCGAGACAGUGAGCAUGCUCAAAGCGCUCGCCAUCCCGCAGCUCCCGAGGUUGAUGCCGGCGGUGCUGCAGACGCUCUCAGACAGGAAGGAGCUGGUGACCAAUGAGAUCUACCUGCUGAGCGCUGUCACGGCCCUUCAACGCAUCACAGAGACACUCCCACAUUUCAUCAGCCCGUACCUGCAGGACACCGCACUACAGGUGUGUCGGCUGACCCGGCUCGUAGACUCCUCCUCCUCGUCCUCCACCUCCGUCCAGCUCACCACACGUCUCGCCUCCCUCAGGACCACCCUCGCCACCAAGCUGCCCCCCAGGGUCCUGCUGCCCACCCUCAGCAGGUGCUACAGCAACAUGGUGGUGGACAAAAAGGCCCAGCUGGGGGCGCUGAUGAGCAUCCUGAAGGAACACAUCAGUCACAUGGAGAAAGACCAGCUCAACGUCCACCAAUCAGAGCUCACCUCCUUCUUCCUCACCGCGCUCGACUUCAGAGCUCAACACUGUCAGGGCGACCUGGAGAAGACGGCGGCGGUGGAGGGCAGCGUGAUCGACUGUCUGGUCUCCAUGGUGAUGAAGCUGUCGGAGGUGACGUUCAGGCCGCUCUUCUUCAAGCUGUUCGACUGGGGUAAAUCUGACUGCAAAGAUCGUCUGCUGACGUUUUAUCGUCUCUCCGACUGCGUCGCCGAACGUCUCAAAGGACUCUUCGUCCUCUUCGCUGGGAACUUAGUGAAACCGUUCGCCGACCUGCUGAGACUCACAAACACGUCAAAGACCGACGAGUUACUGUUUUCGUCGAGUCGAGCUGAAGAGAAGAGCUGUCUGCUGCUGCAGCUCGCCCUCGACUGUCUGCACAAAAUCUUCCUCUAUGACUCGCACAGAUUCCUGAGCAGGGAGCGAGCUGACGCCCUGCUGGGGCCGCUCGUCGACCAGCUGGAGAACAAAGUGGGCGGAGUCGAGGCGUACCAGCAGAGGGUGACUCAGCACCUGGUCCCGUGUGUGGGUCAGUUCUCUGUGGCUCUGAGUGACGACGCUCUGUGGAAAACUCUCAACUACCAGAUCCUGCUGAAGACCAGACACACGGACGCCAAGGUGCGUUUCUCCUCCCUGUUGGUGCUGAUGGAGCUGGCGUCCAAACUGAAGGAGAACUACAUGGUGCUGCUGCCCGAGACCAUCCCCUUCCUGGCUGAACUGAUGGAGGACGAGUGUGAGGAGGUGGAGCAGCAGGUGCAGAAGGUGGUCCAGGAGAUGGAGAACAUCCUGGGAGAACCACUGCAGAGCUACUUCUAACACACACACACACACUGAGUCAUCAGCGGUGAUCUGAUGGAACAUUUGUACGUCUGCAUGAAAAAUAAAAAAGUCAAGUUGUUUUUCAAACUCA